ACACUACAGCGUAAAGACGCGGAGAGGGGAUAGUCCACAGAUAUGCAGGAUGACAAGAACCUCGUAGCACUUUCCACGGUCGAUUCGGGGCUAUGACUUUAUUAUUUAUCCGACUGUAACAGUUCUAUUGACUUGCAACGUAUUUUGACCGAGAUUAAGGUUCGCGAGGAUGCGAUGAGAAAGAAGAAAAAGUCUUCGAGCUGGAAUAUUUCCGCUGGAUGGAUCCGUGCAUGUGUUCUGUAAAUGUUUCUAAAAGAGGGAAAUGAAAUAGCUAUGGUAUAUUUAGCACAAACGAGUCAUCGAGGCUUGUAGUUUGUAAUUAAAAUAAAGGGAACAUUUUCCUCCGCUACACCUGCCUAUUAAUUACGCGCAGACUGGUGGAUAGACUUGCUGAUGCCAACAACGCCAGAUUGCCUAUAUGGCAGGAUCAUGAAGUUUUUGACGUUUUUCCUUUUGCUUCCAGAAACCUUAAAAAGGACUAGAAAGAGUGGGAAACAGCUCAGCAAGCUGCCAGUAUGCUAUGAAAUCGUGACUUUGUCCUUGAGGAAGAAGAUGGCUGCAGAACUCUAUCCUGCCAGCAUAAAUACCAACCUUCCAAACAGUAACAGCACAGCAGUCACAGCUGCCAGCAAAAAGACCAUCGUCCAAGUCACUCAAACGGUGACCACACCGACUACAACUGCCACUCAGCAGAACAUCAACAAUAAUAACGUUGAGACUGCCAGCUGGCAGUCCACUCACCCGACAUUGCGAGAAAGGAAUGCUUUGAUGUUCAAUAACGAACUCAUGGCAGAUGUUCAUUUUGUUGUGGGUCCUCCUGGCGCAUCCCAAAAAGUUCCAGCACACAAGUAUGUGCUGGCAGUGGGGAGUUCUGUUUUUGGUGCCAUGUUUUAUGGAGAUCUAGCAGAAGGAGAAUCUGAGAUUCAUAUUCCUGAUGUGGAACCUGCUGCUUUUUUAAUUCUUUUGAAGUACAUGUACAGCGAUGAGAUUGAACUUGAAGCGGACACAGUGCUGGCCACUCUGUACGCUGCCAAAAAAUAUAUAGUGCCUGCACUGGCUAAGGCCUGUGUCACCUUUCUGGAGACAAGCCUGGAGGCCAAAAAUGCCUGUGUGUUGUUGUCCCAGAGUAGACUAUUUGAGGAGCCUGAGCUGACCCUGCGUUGUUGGGAGGUCAUUGAUGCUCAGGCUGAACUGGCGCUUCACUCUGAGGGCUUCUGUGAGAUUGAUCUUCAAACGCUGGAGAUCAUACUAAAGAGAGAGACUCUGAAUACCCGGGAGGCAGUGGUCUUUCAGGCAGCUCUUGAUUGGGCUGUGGCUGAAUGCAAAAGGCAAGGACUGGGACCGACAGCUCGUAAUAAAAGGGCAGUGCUGGGCAAGGCUCUCUACUUGGUUCGCAUCCCAACCAUGACCCUGGAGGAGUUCGCCAAUGGAGCAGCACAGUCAGAUGUAUUGACUCUGGAAGAGACUCAUGAUAUCUUCCUUUGGUACACGGCAGCCAAUAAACCCAAGCUGGAAUUUCCACUCCUAAAAAGAAAAGGUUUGACCCCACAGCGCUGCCAUCGCUUCCAGUCUUCGGCCUACCGCAGUAACCAGUGGCGCUACCGUGGACGUUGCGACAGCAUCCAGUUUGCAGUGGACAAGAGGAUUUUCAUCGCAGGACUUGGCUUGUAUGGUUCCAGUGGUGGAAAGGCAGAGUACAGCGUCAAGAUCGAACUCAAGCGCCAAGGAGUGACUCUGGCCCAGAACCUAACAAAAUUUAUCUCAGAUGGAUCCAGCAACACCUUCUCCGUAUGGUUUGAACACCCGGUCCAAGUGGAGCAGGACACCUUCUACACAGUCAGCGCUGUAUUGGAUGGGAAUGAACUUAGUUAUUUUGGACAGGAGGGUAUGACAGAAGUGCAGUGUGGAAAAGUGACCUUCCAGUUCCAGUGUUCCUCAGACAGUACCAAUGGAACUGGAGUCCAAGGGGGUCAGAUACCAGAGCUGGUCUUUUAUGCCUGAAAUUGUCAGGAUGUCCUAUUGUAGUGCAUUCCGCUCACUGGAAUUAAGAUGGAUUGAAUACAGGGUCUCGUGAGGCUCUUGCCUUCAUUAUGUAGCAGUUGUGAACUCAAUGGUCAUGGCUCCUCUGUACCACAAUGGACUCAGAUGGAAGGAAUGUUCCUCAGCUUUAUUUAUUGCAAAAAAUAUAUAUAUAUUUGAUUUUAAUUAUUAUUGACGCUGCUGCAAGCAGAUCUAUAUAUAAAUAUAUAUUAAUGAGAUAGUUGUACUGCUCUGAUAGUGGACGGAAACCACUAGUGUGUCAUGUUUUGUACAUAACGUAUUUGUUUUCAGCUUGAUGCUGAUUGACAAAUAAAAUGUCUUGUAUUAGUGAACCGCUUCCUGAACUGCAGAUUAUAAAUGUUUUUGUGACUC